AUGGGGGAACUCGAGGGCUCGUACGUCCCCGGCGUGCCGCGGUACGAGCCGGCUGGCAUGCGCAGGUGGAUCAUCCUCGUCGUCGCCUUCAUGACGACUCUGGCCUUCAUGGCCGUCGCCGCGAGGCUAUGGUGUCGGCAUAUAAGGAAGCAAAAGUUUUGGUGGGAUGACUACCUGAUAAUGUUCUCCAUGAUAUGGAACUGGGUCGUCGUCGGCAUCGGCUUCGCCAUGUACAUCGAAGGCGUUGGCUACCACGACUCCACCGUUGGGCCCGAGGCCGUCAUCAACAUCUCGCGGUGGCUGCUCAUCACGGAAAUCAUCUACGUGUGGAACCUCUGCUGGACCAAGCUCAGCCUGCUCUUCAUGUACUACCGCAUCUUCCACUUCCCCAUGUUCAAGAGGCUGGUCAUUGGCGUCGGCGCCUUUGUCGUGACCUGGGCCAUCUGCGUUUCGUUCCUCUUCACCUUCAUCUGCGUCCCAGUGGAGAAGCUAUGGAGGCCCGAGCUGCCGGGCCACUGUGUGAGCGAGCUUGGCGUUUGGCUGGCCAAUGCGAGCUCUACAAUCUUCUCGGAUAUCGUCAUCCUGCUUUUGCCGAUUCCGCAAAUAUGGAGGCUGCAGUUGAAGAGGACUGAAAAGGUUGGCUUGACGUUUGUUUUCAGCUUGGGUUUCUUUGCCGUCUUCGCAUCAUCCUACAGAACAUGGGUCCUAUUCAACUACUCUAAGCACGACGUCAGCUACACCCUCGCCCCGCUGCUCGCGUGGUCCGACAUCGAAAUGUCCGCCGGCAUCAUCUCUGCCUGCCUGCCCACCAUGCGCCCCGUCGUCCGCCUUGCCGCCUCCAAGCUCGGCCUCAGCCGUGUCUUCAGCUCCCGAAACGCAGACGGGACGAGCCGAAGCGAGAGCGCCAACGGCGGCAAGCUACACGACGGAAGCCAGAGCCGUGGGGCGACACCCCUACGCAGCUUCAUCACACCCCAGACUCUCAAAACUACAGCAGAAACCAACAAUCGGCCGGAUAGAGGCAGCGGCGCGUUUUACAGGUUACCGGAUGAUUACGGGUCGGGCUUCGGCGGCAUUCUCGUCGAGACGAGCUUAGAGCUGGUGGAGUCUCAAAAGCAGCUGAAGGCGGUAGAUCGGGUGCAAGAGGUUCCGGGGAAUAGCAGCGGGAGGUCCGACGAUGAGAGCAGCGUCAGCUUUGAGAUGCAUCCGCGUGUAUAG